CCGACGAAAGCGAGAGUGCGCAGGCGUGAAGGCUCUCGCCGCGGUCGCUGCUCUCCGCUGGAUGUGUGCGGUGGAUGACAACCGUCCAGCUCGUCGCAACAACAGCAGCAGCAGCGGCGGCGGCGUAUUUAUCAUCGCGGGCAGCCGAGGGGGAGUGAAGCGAACCGGAGGACAGCAGCAGCAGCAGCAGAGACGGAGAAAGAGAGAGAGAGAAAAAGAAAGAAAAGGAUUUACCGUCCAAGCAUGGCUACCCAAACGACAGCAUCAUGCACUGGAUCCACUCUGUUGCAGCCCAUCAGCGAAAUUAUCAACCUCCCUCUCGACCAGGUUAACUUUGUGGCAUGUCAGCUGUUCGCCCUGCUGAUGGCUGUGUGGUUUCGGCUCUACCUCCACCCCAGUAAGACCAGUCCCUUCAUCAGACAUGUGGUGGCCACUCUGCUGGGCUUCUACUUGGCUCUCUUCUGUUUUGGCUGGUAUUCCCUCCAUUUCCUGGUACAGAGCGGCUUGUCCUACAGUGUGAUGGUCUUCGCCGGCCUGGAGCACAUGCACAAGUACUGCUUCAUAGUGACACUCGGCUACCUGAUACUGUGUCAGAUCACACGAGUCUACGUGUUCGACUACGGCAUGUACUCUGCAGACUUUACAGGGCCCAUGAUGGUUAUAACACAGAAGAUUACCAGCUUGGCAUUUGAAAUCCAUGAUGGUUUGACCAAGCGAGACAGCCAGCUGACUCCCAGUCAGAAAUACCUAGCUAUCAGUCGGAUGCCCAGUUUGCUAGAGUACCUGAGCUACAACUGUAACUUCAUGGGCAUCCUGGCAGGACCCACCUGCUCCUACAACGACUACAUGGCCUUCAUCGAGGGGACGUGCUACCAGCCGCGGCACCAGGAGAACGCCAACGGCAAGGAGAACGGGAAGUACAAGCAGAGCGAACCCUCGCCAAAGAACGACGUCAUCUCCAAGCUGUGCACAUGUGCCGUGUCGCUGGCCAUCUAUCUGUCGCUGUGCAAGGUGCUGCCGGUGGAGCACUCCAUCAACGAUGACUUUGUCAGCUCCACGCCCUUCCACCACCAGGUCGUCUACCUGUACCUGGCCAUGCUGGCUCUGAGGCCAAAGUACUACUUUGUCUGGACACUUGCUGAUGCUAUCAACAACGCCGCCGGCUUUGGCUUCAACGGAUACAACAUAGACGGCUCCCCACGGUGGGACCUCAUAUCAAACCUCAGAAUUCUGGAUAUUGAGUUUGCCACCAGUUUCAAGAUGUUCCUAGACAACUGGAAUAUUCAGACAGCUCUUUGGCUCAAAAGGGUUUGCUAUGAGCGCUGUCACAUCAACCCCACCGCUGCCACCUUCCUGCUGUCGGCCAUGUGGCACGGGGUUUACCCCGGCUACUACCUUACCUUCCUCACCGGCAUCGCCAUGACCAUGGCGGCACGUGCAAUAAGACACAACAUCAGACCGUACUUCCUGGUGUCCGACUCGUACAAAUGCAUCUAUGAUGUCAUCACGUGGGCGUGGACUCAGGUUGCCAUUAGUUACACAGUGGUGCCGUUCGUCCUACUCGCCGUAGGACCCUCGCUCAAAUUCUACAGGUGUUGGUACUUCUGCCUACACCUUCUAUGUCUGCUGGUGGUGCUGGCCCUACCGGUCAGAUCGAGACGCCGAGCGGCCAAAGAGCAGCAGGACAAGCUGCAGAACGACAGCGUGCAGGACAACCAGACAGAUCACAGCAACAGCACGGACAACAACUGCAACCAGAAAGACAAGGCCACAUGAGGCCGGGGACGAGCGACGCAGCAGCAGCAGCAGAAACACUGAGACGAACUAGAAACCACUGAGAGCUGGAGUGUGUCGAGUCUGUUUACCUGACAACGAACCAAAUAUCUCCGAGAAUCCUAUCAGACAGAAAAAACACCAGUCAACAUCCUGUCAAAACUUCCAGUAGCAAGGACGACAGCAAUCACACUUGUGACGUGGAUGAGAGUCCAACACGAAGCAACGGCCACGGUGUAAACUAACGAGCGGUAGUGGUUGCAUUAGUGAAAAUGAAGAUUUCCAAGCUGCCUUAAACCCUCUAUGUACUCUGAAGUAACAGUUUGGAUGGCACGCUGCAAGAACCCUAAACGCAGUUACCCUGCUGGGGUACGGUGUUAAAUAUAUAUAUAUAUAUAUAUAUACAGAGAGAGUAGAAGUGCAGUAUGUGGAGGGUUUUUGUCAUUGUCUGGAUACAAGCCUCUGUUAGGUGGGAACAGAACACGUGUACAUGUAAAAGAAACAUAACCUUUAUCAUCAGCUGCCAACUUCAAACAGGCCUUAGGAUCCUCAAAAUAUUGUUUGAUUUCUAUGUCUUUUUUAAAAAAAAUCUUUACUCAAGAAGAACUCACACUGUACGUGUUUUGUAUUUAGAUGUUCGUGACAACACUAUUUGAAAUCCAUUCUUUUUUUUUCUUUUUUGUUCGUCGUCGUUUUCUGGGAUGAAUCGACCGAGAGAGUCCAAAAGUGGAAUUCAGAUCUCGUCCGUCUCCGGCAGCGGGCCGUCUAGAAGAGGCGCUCAUGACUUACUAAAUGGAUUUCUGUUUCUUUUUUGUAUUCGUCAUAUCUGCUGCUCUUUUGACAAACAUGACUCAUCAGAUAAACGUGUGUUUCAAAGGGAGUUUAUUUACCCUCUCGUGAUUUACAAUAUGGGUUUUUUUUAGGAGUUCAGAGGUGUGAUUUUUUUUUAAUUUUAUGUUUUUUUUUGUUAAUCUACUCAGAUUCUUUUUACACAACAGGUUUCCUCUAUGUCCAAAUGUAUUGCUUCUGAAAUACAAACCCAACCCAAAAGGAUGAAUAUUUGAAGUAUUAAAGUCUAAAAAUCCUCAAAAUGCACCUGAAAUCUAAUCAGAUUGACUUCAUUGUCAAACACUUUUGGAGCCAUAAACGUUAAACUGAAUGUUCAAGACUUACGCGGUGCAUAAAUGGCACGUAUUCGCAAAUUCGGGCUGCAGAAAUAUCUAAGUUUUGCAUUUGUCCGUGAGGAAAUCUGAGGCGGUUAUUUAUGUAUGUGACAUAAUAAAACUGUACAAAACUCAAAGACAUAGACCAGCUGUUGUGGUAAAUGGUCUUAUUUCAUAUUGUGUGCACUUAAUGUUAGACUAGGAGAUGUUUCAGGGUGCAUUUACUGUAUGGUGUAAGAGACACUGGUUCCUUAUGUUGUUCUGGUCCACGGCUCACCUCAAGCCUUUCGAUUCAUCCGGUUUCCUCCUCACACUAGAGCUCAAACAGCCAUCCCCGUGGUAUUUAUUUUUUGGUUUCAUUAGAUGGAAUUGGCGUAAAUGUGGUGCAGAAAGGGCAACAUAAAAUAAUCCAACGACACACCAUUAUGGUGGCAUUUUAAAGUUGUGCUUUUUUUUUUUUUUUUUUUACCUUCUAAAAAUCUGUCAGUAAUUUGAGUUGAAUUGGUGCAUUUGUGUUAAUGUAAAGAAAUAACAAAGCAGCAGCGGUGAGCUCUGACGUGUGGACCUCUUUUCUUUUUAAGACUUUCUAACAUUUGCAUAUUCCUGCCAUAACUGUGUGUGUGUGUGCGUGUGUGUGUGUGUGUGUGUGUGUACCAGUAUUCAUGUAAUCCGUACAUGUCGAUGUGAUCUCGAGUUAUAUUUGUAGCCUGGGCCCCGUGUAGGCGAGCGCGGCCCGUCCGAAGAAAAAGGGAUGUCAUUCUACAAACAUAGCGAUUCUUGCACUGCAUGGCCACCCAAACCAGCAGAUCAAUGCAAACUGCUCCAUAUGUCCAAAGUGCCAAAUCACGGAUGGCGCAUUUUGUUUUUGUGUGUAUGUGUGUGUGCAUGUGUGCCUGCGUGUGUGUGUGUGCGUGUGCGUGUGUGUGUGUGUGUGUUAGUGUGUGAGCGCGCGCCUGUGUAACAUAAUGGUUAUUUUUGUGUCAGAAGGAAAUUUAUUGAAAGAUUUGUAUAACAGUACAUUAAAAUUCUGAUUUAUGUGGCAAAAAUAAAGAGAAAUUAUUUUUAAACACUAAAA